AUGGGGAACGAAAGAUUGUGCCAAUUCUGCAAUGAAAUUAAUUUCGAAUCUUUGAGAAACCCCUUGGUCUCGGAUCUACCAGCUCUUCAAAGAGGCCAAGCAGACUCGACCAGGUAUCCAUUCAAAGACAAACAGGAUGAUGCCCACAAGACGACCCUCCUCGGUACAUUUGGUGAAAUUAUUCAGAGGAGUAAGACAUGUCGGUUAUGUCAGCUCAUUGAGGAUACUCUAACGCGGCAUACCCCGGGCCGGCCCCUGGAAACAGAAAUUUGUCACGCGGAGGUAUCAUUCUUCGGCGUAUACCGCGACCUAAGAGGGAAGCAUUAUUGGAUCCGUCGGCUUUCGAUCUUAGUAGAGAUUGGAACUGAUGCAUAUAAUAUCGGGGGACCGAAGAAAAGUCUGUUCUAUGCAUUCCAAGCAUGCAACAUCGGCGCGGCGACUAUCAAAGUUGAUGAAAGGUUCCUGGACCCCCGACCUGGUAUUGAUAUGAUGAUAUUCGGGGGCCGCCAGCGCCCGCUCCAGUUUGAUCUUCAAUGGGUCCGCCGAUGGAUUAACACCUGCAGGGCGGAUCAUGGCGAUGCUUGCGAACGGGCUGACGUGGGCUUGGGGAGUACGCUCGAGAGGAUCCGUUUUAUUGACGUCCAACAAAGAUGCAUUGUCACCUUUACAGGUGUUCAGCUGUCGAGUUAUGAAUAUAUCACUCUCAGCUAUGUAUGGGGAGGGCCGCAGGAAUUAAGACUUACCAGUUCCAACAAGAAUCAGAUGGCGCAACAGGGAUCUUUAGCCAAACACUUGCCUCAAACGAUAGAGGACUCGAUAUUAGUAGCGGAAUAUCUGGAAACCCGGUAUAUAUGGGUUGAUUCUUUAUGUAUUAUCCAGGAUGACGACGGGGAUAAGGCAAUUCAGAUAGGGGCUAUGAGUCAGAUAUAUGGUUUCGCCCAUCUAACAAUUAUAGCUGCGUCAUCGUCGAACGUUCACGGAGGCCUACCCGGUCUCCGCCCAGGAAGCCGUUCUCAAGAACAACAAGAGAUAAUAGUUCUGCCUGAGAGCAAGAACGAAAUGACUGGCGAUAUACUACCUGCCUUAUCUCUCAUGACAGCAUUGGACCCCCUUGCCAACCCCAGUGAACAUUUCUUGGAGCGCACACCCUGGAAUAGUCGGGGUUGGACUAUGCAAGAACGCGUGCUAUCUCGUCGCAUCCUUGUCUUCAUGCCGGAGCAAGUAUACUGGAUCUGCCGGGAGGCGAUGUUCUGCGAAAAAUCCUAUUUCGAAAACAAUCUUAUCCGCUUUCACAGAUUCCAUGCUAACGCCGCGGAACGGACUCUAUCAGGGUCUUUCAGGAAUUUCUAUGAACCUGAUGAUGAUCAAGCACGCUUCUGGAAGACGUACCAGAAUCUCGUGGCUAGCUACACCCGCCGGGCUUUCACAUGCAAGGGCGAUAUUUUUGAUGGGUACCUUGCUAUCGUCCAGGGAAUGUCGGCUCUUUCGGGCAAUGAGUUCACUUGGGGCCUACCUCGAUCCUAUUUCGAGCAGGGACUGCUUUGGAACUCUUUCGCUAGCCUACAACGCAGGAAAGAUUAUUCGACGCUUCCGAUGACAUCAUUGCAGGUCAAAGUUCCUUUCCCUAGUUGGUCGUGGAUGGGUUGGGUAGGAGAGGCGCUCAUAUGUAUCGGGGACGAGCGCUAUGAUAUAGACCUAGGGGAAGUUCCUGAGAUACUCUGUUUUGAGCAUCACCAUUCCCCUCUCCGCCUUGAACGCGUGAGAAAGGGGGCGGUAGGGUAUGACUCGAUCGCAUCACGAAAUAGUGCGAAUUGGAAGGUCCAUGCCAACCAACCUGUCACACUAUCCGAUAUUGCUACUCAAAAGCCACAAUUACUCCCCACGGAGCUUGGCAAGAUCCCGGAGACGCAGAUCAUUUUCUUCUGGACUAGUUCUGCUUUCUUGACUGUAACUACCCCGGAUGAGGGUGCAGAACGGUCUUUUACGAUUAUAGGCUCCAGUGGAAACACAAUUGGCUCUACCGGAAGCGCGGAGCGUAUGUUUGACCGGAGCCAAGACCGGUAUGAGUUCAUCGUUAUAGGUAGCCGGCGAAACCAGUUCUCGGACCCGGUGUUACUAAUCCUCCAGAUAGAGUGGCUGGGGGACAUUGCCUACCGCGUUAGUAGCGGAGAGGUCGAUGAGAUUGUGUGGGAAGCAGAGAACCAUACGUGGAAACUCAUCCCACUUAGGUGACUGCGACCUCAUGUACGCGAUGAUGAUGAUGUCAAGUGAAAGUUGCAUACAUGUAGGGAUUCGAAUAAAGCCCCUCCUAAGUUUGGCGAUUGGCUAUGGGCUAGAAAAAAACAAUACAGGGUGCCGACGCCUGCAUUUAACUAUUAAUUUAGUACCUAUUCGUACCUACGGAUAGGCACCUAUGUAGGUGGCUACACCAAGAAAUUUGCGAUCCCUCUGGCUACCUAGGUAUGAGGUAUUCUAUGGGCCGCAAAAGCUCUACACCCCGUAACUCGGCCUAGGUACUUGGGUCAUUUAAUUUGGAAGGUUCGUGACUUUUGUCUUUUCGAAGGAGGCUGUCCUCUAACAUCAUCGUUACGUCUGUUAAGCCAGGAAGGUCGGGGACAUGAAAUUAUCUUAACAUGCCAUCGCAGCUUGAUAUUUUUAGAUUCGCCGUGUCGACUUAUAUGAAGUUUCCUUAACCGGCUCUAGAACGCCAAUUAAUCAUUAAGCCUGA